AUGGCGGGAAAUGCCUACGAGCGGGCAUCUGGACAAACCUCGGACGCUGCGCCUCCGAAAGCUCAACUGCGAGCGAUAUAUCUGGACUACCUUGUCUAUUACAGACCUGUGGCAAGCCAACUGGGUAAAGCAGGUAAAGCUUCCGGCUCCAAAGAAUGGGAUCGGGUUGCGCCGCCCUCGAAGUCUGAGACGGUUUGGAAGGUCGACCUGUCUUACUAUGCGUGGGCCGAUUGUCAGCAAGAGAUCAUCCGGCUGUGCGCCCCAACCCGCAAGCACAUCGGUGAUCACCUGCGCCGGCUGCAGGAGGAAGGCUUGCUUAAAUGGCUUUGUAUUCUUCAUCAGGACCCCCAAUUUGGGCAGAAUAAAAACUAUUAUGUCACCAACGACGCGGACUUUGCGCCAUUUGUCCAGGCGGUCGGCAAUAACUCAAGCAACAAGGCAAUGAUCAAGAUCCUCAUGGACGAUCCUAAUAAGUCCGCGAAGGACUCCGACGAGGCCAAAAAGGUGGACGACAGUUUGGCCAUGAACUACGCAGACGAGGACACUCGUCUGGCGCUUCAGCGCGUUCAUACCCGCCUGGCAGUCAAUCCCAAAUCUGAUGUGGGCGCCCAGGAGCGAAUGCGUCUGGUAGCUGAUAUCACCCACCACAUCAGAACCAAGUACGGGUGCAACACAGAGUCCAUGCGGGUGCAAGAUCCAGAAGAUCCGAAGCGAUCCAUCCGAGUGACAACCAAUGCCCUCCGAGCCUGGAGCCGCGCAAUGCUCCAUGGCGCUAAAGGUGUCGACUUGGAUACGGCUCCUUAA